UUCAGGAGCUCAUUCCCGUGUAAGAAUCCGUCCUCGUGACAUAUGCUAGAUGAGCACAUGUGCCCUAAACAUCUCCAACUAUAAACCCGUAACAUAUCCGUUGACAUGCGAGGAUGAAGUACCCAUUCCCGAAAAUACUAACCGAUCUAAAGGACAACAUGAACAAACCCCAACUGUGCCAGUUCAUCCAGAACCCUUUCGAGAACCAUCAGAGGAAAGAACACAAAUUAAACGCUGAAAGUGCGCAAAAAACCAACCCUUAUUUCCUGCAGAAAAGUGUGGAUCUAGUCAAGUUCCAACGGGACGUGUACGGUGUCCCUAAAGGUUCAGUGUUCGGUCCGGUGGUUAAUUACCAGGUGCGUUCCGACGAUUUGAAGGACUACAGUUUUCGGUACAGCAACGAUAGUUGCAAUUACAGGGGAGAUUCCAGUGGUGGAGGUGAUAGUUGUUGGGACAGUGACGAGGAGAAGGAAGUGAACCAUGUUUUUGAGCCCCAUAACAAUGGACCGAAGAAGUGCUUGGCUUGGGCUUGCAAGGCCUGCAAGAAGAAGACUGUGGCUGUGGAUAGGAGGAAAGCUGCUACUUUGAGAGAGAGGCGACGACUCAGAAAGGUCAAUGAAGCUUUCGAAUUAUUGAAAAAAAGGACCUGUAGUAAUCCUGGACAAAGAUUGCCCAAAGUGGAGAUACUGAGAAGUGCAAUAGAAUACAUAGAAUACCUAGAAGAACUACUGCAAGGAUCAAAAUCAUCAAUUGAAGCUUCUACUAACUUAACAAUCAAUAACAAUAUUAUGAAUAGCCAGGGAAAUCACAUCCUAACAGAAAAAUUGGGCAGUUUUUCUGAACAAACCAACAAAUUUUCAUCUGCAAAUGGGUUUGAUCCAACAUCUUCACCUACAACCUCAAGUCUGGACUGCCUGAAUUUGAUUGUCCAAAAUUUAUCUAAUAAUAAAAUAACCGAAUCUAUUGAACCUACAUAGUUAAUAAUAAAUUAUAUUACAUGUUAUAA